AUGGAAGAUUUUAAAGAUCUAACAGAAAGUUUUAUUCAAGACAUGAUUGUGAAUUGUGGCUCUCAUAUUCCAAUUUCUUAUGUAUAUAGUUAUAUAAAAUCGAAAAAGAGUGAUAUUUCUUUUCAAAAUUAUUAUUUAAAAGAGUUGAUUAAGAAGAGGACAAGAACAAGAUUUUCCUACAAGGAUUACGGAAUUAUAUUCUGCUUGCUGUGUAAUGGAGCACAACCUUUUUCAACAUGUGAAUUAGACGACGAAAUAACAAUUUAUGAGAGAGUUCUACAGAUCAAUGAUGUAUAUUUGAUUGAACUAUUCAAAUGUUUCAUUAAUCCUCAAGACGUUCCAUGUGAGAAGUCUCUGAAAUUAAUUUUAAAUAAUUUCGUUGAUGAUGAAGAUUCCUUUUUGCGUCGACACACACCCUUGCACAUGGCAGCCACAUUGCCAAAUGCGAACGUAACAAUCACUCUUUUGAACAAGAAAUUAUGUUGUGAGGAGAAAACCACAAACGAGGAAACACCGAUAUUCUUUGCUGUGAAAAACAACCAGAUGGAACAAGUGAAAACCCUUCUGAAAUACGGAGCCAACCUCAGAGCGAGGGACAUAAACAGCAAUACAGUACUUCAUGCAUUAUGUUCUGAAGAAGGAGAGAUUAAUAUCGAACUGUUAGAAUUUUUAUUAAAUGUCGGUUGUGACCCGAAUUCAUUUGGCAAAAAUUCGUGUACCCCUUUACAGAUGCUUGCUGAAAAUGGAAGAAUAAAUAAUGCAUUGGAGUGUGCAGAAUUACUGAUCAGAAGAGGAGCUGAUGUCAAUUUGCAAAACCUUCACGGCGACACAGUUCUGCAUACAUUAUCCUACUCUUGUGACGAAUCCCAGUUCAUUCUCUUUCUCGAAUUACUGUUGAAGAGUAAAGCUGACACGAAUAUAGUCAAUCAUGACAACAAAACAUUUUUGGAUGAAUUAUUAUUGGACUGCUGCCAUUCUAGACGACAUACUAUUUUGAAACAUCUGAUUUUGUUAGAUAUCAAUGGAAAAUAUCAAUUCUGUGUUAAUCCAAUUCAUUGUGAUUCGUUGGAUGUCGAUUUCCAGAAAAGGAGUAGAAAAGAAUUGCUUCAUUUACGGUCCCGCAAAAUAGCUCAAUUGCAAUCACAACCGGAAUAUUCUCUGGUGAGAAUACUAAGUUCGACUGUAAGGGAAGUGUCCAGAUUGUGUUGGAAUCAAACAUUGAUAACUGUUCAAUUCAUUUACAAUAAUUACGAGAAUUCAUUUUUAUCAUGA